ACUUGCUACGAAAACAAGAGAAGUCAGGAAUCAGGCCAGCCAGACGCAUCCGGUACACGUGACUAGCUAUUCUGUCUAGCCAAACCCAAAUCGUGUUAGAGUCGUCUUGAUCGAGAGAAGUGGAGAUCUACUGGACGAAUGAGAUGACCACAAAAGAAUCUGGUCCCGAGGCUAUGCCGAUUAGACUCUACGCUAAGAGCAACAGCCGAGUGCUGCAUCGUCAUCGCUGCGACACCAAAGCGGUCAGGUCUCUUCCAGCUAACGACCAGCUAAGUCAACAGGUAAUCUGCCUUUAUUUACCCCAGUCCCAGGCCUGCGCCCAUCUGAAAUCGACCUCUUCUGUUCUGUUCCUCCUUCGUUUCAAGUCGUCGAAUAAUAGACACCCCCCGCGACCAGUAUCACCAGUGCCUCGGAACCAGCCCACGACAAGGUAUGUUGGAGCCUCUGUGUGUGUGUGUUUUGUUUUGCAGUCAGCGACCGAGCUUGGGCACCAGCCGAGAAAAGAAGCUUCCGUCUCUCAACCCAUUGACUUCGCAGACCGUGUUUCGCAAUUGUUUGUGCUAACCUCUACUUCUCUUUAAAGGCAGGUUGACCCCGGAUCCGAUUCUCGAACCCACGACUCGACUGUCUGCUACAAUAAUCUACCCGUAACCCUCUACAUACAUAAUCCCUCGCAAUGGCUGGAGGUGGUCUUCGUAAGCUCCCCCGAACUUGGCAGAUGCGUUGAUUUGGAUUGGACUCUUUUCGUACUGGCUACGGUACUGUGCAGUGCAAAUGCUGAUUUGGUCUAAAGGCGGUGCCUUGGGCAUUGCGUCCCUCGUCCUCAUUGGAGGCGCUCUCGUGUUGAUGUUCUUCGUCGUCCUCAGCGGAGUCAAGGAUGCGACACCCCUCAACAAAUCGUGGUUCCUCAAAGCCGAUACCUCUUCAUUCCCCGGAUCCGGGCGCGCGGAAUCAUAUUGGACAUUCUGGAAGGUGUGCGCAAAUGGCGGAGGAGAUUGCGGCAAGACGGUUCCUGCUAUGCCAAUUGGCGCUGCGUGGGUUGGCGGUUCGCAGGGCGUCCCAGCUGGAUUGACUGGCUCUCAUUACAAGAGUACCACCAGCACGUACUACUACUAUCUCUGGAGAUUUGGCUGGGUUUUCUACCUCAUGUCCAUCGCUUUCACAAGCGUCACUUUCCUCUUGAGCCUACUCGCUCCAUGCAGUCGCCUCGCAUCCGGUCUAUCUGGCAGUUUCCUAGCAUUCUCCCUUUUCUGGUACUCCCUCGCAGCUGCAUUGAUGACUGUCGUCUUCGUCAAGGCCCGCGAUGAGUUCCGUAGCGCAGGAAUCAGCGCUUCCCUCGGCCGCUACGCUUUUGGUUUCACCUGGGGCGCCUGGUUUGCCAUGGCUAUCGCGACCGUCUUCCUCUUCAUGGGCUGUGGAGUCAGCCGCAAGGGUGACGACAAUGUCCGUAGCUCCAAGCGAGGCGGAGGAAUCCCCUUCUUCAGACGUAACCGCAGCAGACGCUCUACUCGUGGUUCAUUCAUUGAGAGCGAGAGCCAGCGUCGUGUCAAGGAAGAAUACUAGAUGCGCUUCUACGGAUCUGAUUCGUGGAUGUCGAGUCGAGUUGGGAUGUUGAGUAGAGAAGGGAUGGGAAAGGUGCAGUUACGACAUGGAUAUGAACGACUACCCACGGCCUUCCAACUAUCUACACGGCCACACUGGACUGGAUAUGGGACAUUUUGGAAGAAAUUGAUCAUCAUCAUCACCGAGAAUGAUUGGAUGACGGAUUGGGUAUUGGAUUGGAACUGGACUGGAUAGGGGAGUAUGUGGGUGACGUGUUGCAAUUUUGUACAUUAUCUCGCAUUUGGAGUUGUUGCUCUCCUCUCUUGUCGAGGGAGGGGAGUUGUGCGAUGCGAUAUCUGCUGUGCUUGCGUUGGCUUAUAUCUUUCGAAAAAGGCG